GUGUGCAUGCGUGAGUGAAUGGUGUGUGAGUGUGCCCUGCGAUGGGCUGGCCCCCCAUCCUGGGUUGUUCCCUGCCUCGUGCCCAUUGCUUCCGGGAUAGGCUCCAGACCCCCCGCGACCCAGUAGGAUAAGCGGUUUGGAAAAUGGAUGGAUGGAUGGAUUAGUCUGGCAGCUUCAGCAUAACACAGGCAGGACCUGCAGACUGCACACACAGAGCAAAGGCAGGACCAAAAGCCUACGCCCUGGACGUUUGAACCAGUAUGGCUACCCACAGAACCACAGUACUGUCCUGUGGCAUGACAAAAAAAGAACAAUUAACUGAACUUAAUGGAAACCGGAUGAAGAGAAUAAACCACUGGAAAAUGGAGGGGGGAACCUAUUGAUAAUGAAGUAGAAACCAAUGCAAUGGCAUCAACAGAAGAUUUUGAUUGGGGUGGCCAUCAGGGGGCAGAUGUGUUUUUGGGGGUGGCCUCGCGGCAUUGUAUUUAUUCUAUGGUUCCACUUUUAUUAAUUUGAUGUGGGGUGGUGAUAAAUUAACUUGGGUUUCAAUUCGAGACAAGUCUGCAGAUUAAUUUACAUAUAGUAUGUGACGUAUUAUUACCUUGUAAGUCUCUAGAUUUUGCCAACUACCCCAACUCUUUUGAUGUAGCCCGUUUUAGGUUAAUAGUGGAAUACUACAGGUUUGCCGGAAGAUUUAAGCUCGAGUCAAGCGAUAUGCGUGGGAGUUGGCAAUCUGCUGUUAUAAGAUACGUUUUUGUAUUUAGUACGUGUUAUCGACACUUAAGUCUACAAGGUGUCUAAUACCUAAGGGAGAUGCGACGUUUAUCAGUUGAGCCACGGGCAGUAUUUAGCUAAUGUUUCCAUCAUUUCCACUGCGUGGCAAACUGCUUCUAUUUUUCUUUUUAAAAAAAUACGCCCGUCCAGCAGAGGGCGCCAACAAAACUGCACGGUCACCGAAAAAAAAAUUAGAAAAGAAGAGAAGAAGACACAAGGAACUUGGAGGAUAGUGUUACGUCAAGCAGCGAUGAAUCAGAAUCUGCGCGAAUACGGUUGAAAAAUGAAGCUGACAGUUCCAAGAGGGAGUCCGGAACGCCUUUGAUGUUCGGCAGAGGAUUUAGAGGUCGUGUCUGACUAGCGAGCCACUUUUGUGCGUCGAUAAACCACCGGUGGUCAUCCACGCCGCUGCCAGCAUCCCAACUCUGUGACGUCCGAGGACCCCUCCCCUGCUCCAGAGAAGCCCUGCCCUCCAGAGAUGGCAUCACCUCAGCUGAAGUACCUGUCCUUGGGGGUGCUGGUGCUGCAGACCACCUCGCUGGUGCUGACCAUGCGCUACUCCCGCACUCUGCCUGGCGACGGACCACGAUAUCUGGCCUCCUCAGCUGUGGUGAUUGCUGAACUGCUCAAAAUAGUCACGUGUGUCUUGCUCGUCUUCAAGGACCACAGUUACAGCGUCAGGGCGUUGAAUAGCGUGCUCACGGAAGAGAUCUUGAAGAAGCGCAUGGACACGCUGAAGCUGGCCAUCCCUUCAGGCAUCUACACCUUGCAGAACAACCUGCUGUAUGUCGCUCUAUCCAACCUGGAUGCGGCCACCUACCAGGUGACGUAUCAGCUGAAAAUCCUGACAACCGCCCUGUUCUCGGUCUCCAUGCUGGGCCGCCGACUGAGCGUGUACCAGUGGCUCUCGUUGCUUAUCCUCAUGACUGGGGUGGCCCUCGUGCAGUGGCCCUCGGAGUCCUCGUCCCCCGAUGAGAAGCAGCUGUCCGCCGGCUCCCAGCUAGCUGGGGUCAUGUCCGUACUGGUUGCCUGCUUCUCCAGUGGCUUUGCGGGCGUCUACUUCGAGAAGAUCCUGAAGGAGAGCAAGCAGAGUGUCUGGGUCCGCAACAUCCAGCUGGGGUUGUUUGGUUUGGUGUUUGGACUGAUGGGGAUGUUUGUUUACGAUGGCGAGAGGGUGAAGGAGUCCGGAAUGUUCCAGGGCUAUAACAAGAUCACCUGGACGGUCGUCGCGCUGCAGGCUCUAGGGGGGCUGGUAAUUGCUGCUGUUAUCAAGUAUGCAGACAACAUCCUGAAGGGCUUCGCCACGUCACUCUCCAUCAUCCUGUCCACUGUCAUUUCAUACUUCUGGUUGGAGGACUUUGAUCCUACCAGCAUCUUCUUCCUGGGCACCUUGCUGGUCAUCGUUGCCACCUUCCUCUACGGUUAUGAGGGAGGGCCAUCGCCCAAUCCAAGCCGUGCCUGAAGUGGCCCUGCUGACAAGAGCCGGGGGGUGGUAGGGGCUUGGGAUUAGGGGAGUGGACAUCUCGGCGAGGAGAAGAGGCCUUGCUUUGGAGGAUUCGUAUUGUGAGGGAAGGAGAAGACGUGGUGGUGAGGGGCUGGAGGUGGUGGGGAAUGCAGACAUGAGACGCAAAGCCUGUCAGUCCUGUGGAAAUAUGAGAAAGGAGCAAUUUACCAGAUGCCACACCCACUGCAAGCACUGCAAAAAAACUGGGUCUGGUAGUUGCCUCCCCCCCCCCCCCCCCCCCCCCACUACAUUCCAGUAGCCCCUUCCUUAGGUUAUGCCCUCCGUAGCACCUCUGAUUUCCAGCUGGGAGUACUGGAUGAGAUCCUGACUCUCAAAACCUAGAGUUUUUUUUUUUGUCUGUAUAUUUGGGAAGAAACAUUUUUAAAGUAUGAAUGUGUUCUGAGGUCAUAAUGUGUAUAAAUGAGGAAUAAAACAUUUCUAUUUAAA